GUUUCACUUCUCCGUCAACCUUGGCUUCUGGCUGCGCAGCAGGCAAUCACCGUACCAUGGCGUCGCCGGCGCCUUCAAUAAGCAUUCGGGCCAACCGUAAAGACGGCCCAGUAUACAUCCAGCUCUUGACUUCGCCAUCUUUCUUCACGGCAGGGGAUCUCAUCAAAGGCAACCUACUUGUUACGCCCACCUCGCGACCUAUUCACAUCAGUGUCGGCCUGCUUGGCUCAUGUACGAUUCAAGACGGAAAUGCCGGAAACGUACGAGUUGACUUUUUGCACCACUCGCAACAUGUGUUCAUCUCCAGAACCAGUAGCCAGAAUUUUGAGCUUCUUCCCAAGAGCACAAAAAGUCCUGGCAAGGUCGAGCUGCCUUUCUCUCUGAUAGUCCCACACCAUGCGACUUUGUCACCGCCCUCCGACAGGACCUGGUUCUACUCCAAGGACUCUUACAACCACCCACGAUUUCAACACUCACCCGGGUUCCCACUGCCUCCGAGCUGUACUGGUAAUACUCAUUCAAGUCCUCGUGUCAUAUAUCACCUGGAAGCAUACAUGGAAUCGCAUACCCCGGGUAGUCAACUACUGAAGAUACGUGAAGAGAUCAAGUACCUGCCACCAGCGCCCCAAUACCAUCCAGCACUCCUUCAGCCAGACCUAAACUUUGGCACGAGACUACCCAAACAUUACAGCCGCGAAAAAUUCAUUCGCUCUCGCAGGCUAUUCCCCAACUACGACGAACAUAAUGGAAAGCUUGGGAAAAUCAAAGACAAACUCGUCGACAAGGAGUUGUUAUUUGGUCUUCAAAGCUUUGCUGAAGUCCCAUACGUCAAAUUUAACCUCUUUGCAACUCCUGCCAGCGUCUUGGUCAUCGGCAAGCGGGUCCCAGUCGUCAUUACCGUUCAGCAUUUGAAGCGGUCCGAGUCUCUUGCCAAUCCACCCGAGUUGUUUCUGCGCCGCAUUAAAGUCCAGCUACUAUCCGCAUAUAACACGUUCGUACCUACCGAGAUAUUGGCGCGACGGAACAGCCAGGAGUACUUGCACACAGAACGCGACACUAUCACGCUUUGUGAUAAGAAGUUUGAGAAGGGCAACGGAGAGCCACUCUUCGACGGAAUGAAUCUCCUAGACGUGGCAGAUGUCAAACUCAUACACGACAAGAUCGUUCCGAGUUUUACGUCAUAUGGUCUGAAUUUAGAACAUGAGCUGCAAAUUGAGGUGUAUGGGAGAUGUGCAGACCGCGACUUUCAGGGGAUUGCGUGUACUCAGCCAGUACAAGUUGUAACGGAUUGGCAAGCGUGUACUGUCCUAGAGGAUGUCGGAUCUUGGCCAGUGUAUCAAGAGUUGGAUCGCACAACACACAGUCGUGAGGUAGAUACGACUACGGACUUGCAAGAGUUGGAUGAAAUGGCACCGCCAUAUCAGCUUCACUCAAGACACAUGGCGCCAUUUAUCGCGGACAGCGUACCACCACCCGAAUACGAUGGAUAGCAUAGUAGCCCGAUUUUGUGAUACUAUGUCUCUUGCUACAUCGCUGCAUGAAAUAUAACUCUCAAGUAGAGUGUUGGAACUUUUCUGCUUUUGGAUACACGGUGUAUUGGACAUCAGGACAGUCGCCAGGAUACGGGUUGGUUUUGUGAUCACUGCACGAUAUGGCGCAACAGUCCAGCGUUUUUUGUCAUGUUCGUCUAUAUUUGCCACCAUGUCUAUCACAUAGUAGCCUUUUCAUUAUUCCAUAUGGCCUUGGAUCAGCCAAGCUAUAAGUCUACGUUGUCAAGUUUGUUAAAGUUGUUAUUUCAGCGUCACACAAGCAAUGAAUCAAGGCGGCUAGGAGUUUCGCGAUCCGGUCAGGUCAGGCGUAUAGAAGUAUAUAUAUCCCCAAUUGAAUCAUUUCCUGGA